AUGUUCUCCUGCGCAAACUAUCCCCGCGGCUGCCGAGGCCGCGUCAACCGCGACGGCGCUAAAUGCUCGGACUGUGUGACUUUGAACCUGCGCCGCCCAGCAUCAGCCUCCCCGUUCGCACAGCCCCGUGACUACAAGCGAGCUCUACCCUCCGAAAGAUUGCGUAACUCUGUUUUCAACCGGUCUGAACUCGAGCUCUAA